CUGUUUGCUGUGUGUCAAAAAAAGGUGCUGAGCAGAAUAAUACAGUUACUGCAGAUGGAGACGAUGAGGAGAUGAUGUCUACAGAGGUGACUCCAUCAGGCAGCUCUGAGCUCACUGAAUUGGGCAAAUGCUUAAUGAAACAAGAGAAUGUCUGUACUGCUCUGCUGAUUACAGCCUUCACAUCCCUUUCCUGGAAGGAUACCUUGUCCUGUCAAAGAACUACCACCCACCUCUGUUGGCCAUUGCUCAAGCAGGUGCUCUCAAAGAAUAUGAUGAUCCCUGAAGCAGUGAUCUGGUUUUUCACAAGUGUACUGAAAGGGUUACAAGUUCAUGGACAACAUGAUGGGUGUAUGGCAGCACUUGUCCAUUUGGCUUUCCAGAUCUAUGAAGCUUUGCGUCCACGCUAUGCUGAAUUGAAAACAGUGAUGGAACAAGUCCCAGAAAUCCAGAAAGAUUCCCUGGAGCAGUUUGAUUCCAAAGUACUCAACGUAACGCUUCAGAAAGCGGCAGACAAACGGCGGAAGGACCAUUUCAAACGCCUAAUUGCAGGCUGCAUAGGGAAGCCCCUAGGAGAACAAUUCAGGAAAGAAGUCCACAUCAGAAACCUUCCAUCUCUUUUCAAGAAGCAUUCCAGUCCAACUGUCAUUUGUCCAGUUCUUUACGAACAGCCCUUCCUACAUGCAUACAGUACUUGACCGUGGAAAGGAGAAGGUUCUGCAGCCUCUCAUUCUCUCUGCUACUUCUCCUUCAGGACACCUGUAUUGUUGCUGCCUCAACAUGACACUAAUAGGAGACUCCUGCUUCCCUGUUGGAAAAAGACAGCUUGGAUGAAGAAAUGCAGAUGUGCAUAUUGGGCGUUGAUGAAUCACUUAACUUAUGCUAACUCAAAAGUUUUAUUACUUUUGAGAAGUAGCACUUGGUCGUAUGUUCCACCAAACCAAGCACCAUUGAGAAACGGGGGGGUGAAAACAUUUUUUUAAAUUCAACCAAGCCUCAGGAAGCCUCCGAUUAAACAUCCUCUUCUUUGCCCUAGAAACAUUGUUGAAAUAGGUAUUCUAGCUGCAAUCAGUUCUCAGCUGUCAAAAGUAAGAAUUUUCUAAACAUAAUGAAUUCAGAACCAUUUUAUACCAGUCUAAAAAAACGUAUGCUGAAACGCUCCCCCUGAAUGUAGAAUGCAGUACAGUUCUGGAUAAUUUUGUUCAGUGUCUGAUGAUACAGAAUGCCUACAGGCCAGGUCUUAAGUGUUUGUUUAUCCGAGAGAGCAAUAGAAUGUGGGCAUAAAUUUGCCAGAAUUUAAUUUGCAGUCUGAAGAAUUAGUAUCAAAUAGGACUUUCCUUAGGGGCUGCUGUAAUAGCUUGACUACAGGUAUAACAGAAUGGAGAUUUUCAGUUAAGCGGCUUAGUAGUAUACGCAUCUGGUUACAUGAAAGAAAACAGGUCUUAAUAUUGAUAUUUGGAUUCUCACUAGUAGCCAGACUCCACUCUAACUUGUUUAUAAUCCUGAUCUCAGUGUAACAUUUAUUUAAACCAAAUCCCCCUGUUAAAAUAGCUUUGGAAUCUAGCCUAACUGUAUUUAUUGUGUCUUAAUUACAUUUUAAUUUACUGUGCCCGUAAUAGAUGCAUUUAAAACAACCGAGGGGUUUUUUUAUUUGUAGAGAUGUUGUAGCUGAAGAUGUCUCCAAAUCAAUGUCAAUAAAAGUCUCUUCAUUUUAUACAAA